UUGGCCCUUAAAAGGCGCAGCGCUGCACCUACAUUGGUGUGCAAAUUGAAUUUCCACUGUGAAGACCGGAGUACAACAUCCAGACCUCGAGCAUCUUUUCGCAUUGACCCUCCUAACUCAAUCAUAAUGCUCAAAGGCAGCCUCCUCUAUCUCCUUGGCGCAUCCGUAGCAAGCGCCUCGCCGGUGCUUGAAACGAGAGACAUCUGCAGCCACACCCCGGCGGACGGCCUCAUCGGCAAUGCGGUGGCGAGCGUAGCUUGCGCACAAUUGACCAUCGCCAACGAAGGAUGCUCGGUGACGGUCAAGUAUCCGGCCGACAUUUACGGGGACUCAUUCACUUUCGACAGCGCGUCCAAAACCUUCAAGGCUUUGCGCAAGAGCAAACUCACAUUUACCGCGACACCGAAGCCCGGCAACAACGCCGCGGUUUGGUCGGGCACUGCGGGAACGAGCAACCCCACCACCUACUCGGUUCCACUGACCGGGCAGCCCGCCAGCAUUUCCGUCAAGUGCGCCGCCCCGCCGCAGUGCACCGCCGUCGGCCAGCCGUGCAUCUUCGAAUUCCCUGAGAACUGCUGCUCGCAGACUUGCGCCUGCAUUUCGGGGGUGUGCAACUGUUUCGAUUUGUGAUGAUUUUUCGGGGGGAUUCAAGCAAUUCGAUGGUCCAGAAUGAGUGCUUCCCCUAUGUUUUAUGAUACAUUCACGCUCCUUGGAGCGGAGGCGAAUACGACAUAGAUGCACUGGAUUGCUGUAUACUGUGGUUACCGGUGAUACCGGAAGCUAGAUGCAGGAAGAGUAAAGUCCUACCAAUCUUGUUGAAUCCGGA